GGCACCCAAAUGGCUCGCACCGCCCCUGUCCUGCAGCAUAUGCGCGGUUGAGCUCAUGAAUUGUUCCAGACAACUGUUGCUGAUAUUCAGACUGUUCGAUGAUCUAAAGGAUUUAAGCAUGACAAAACACUAAAACAAAAUAAAUUGGUAAGAGAACAAAUUAUUAUAUUUGCUGUUUUGCAUCAAAGUGCAUUCGUGAUGACAUAUGCAAACUACUUUGUGCCACUUUGUAUCUUUUUGCUUCUUUUGCAUUUCUUUGGGUGAAAUAUCCAAAGUUGCUAAAUUUUCAAUAGUCUCUCAUAUUGUGACAGAGAAGGGCCUUCUGGGAUUUUGGUUUCAAUUCAACACAGCCAAUUUUAUCCACUUGGCCACCAAACAAGUAACCUACCCUUUAUCAUCUGUUCCAGAUCACAAUGUUCCCCCAGGCUUUUCUUUGCAUGACAAUCAGCAACACAAAUUAUUGUGGCUUGAACAGUUUAAAACGAGGUCCUUUAUUUUAAAACUUUAUGGAAUUAGGAACGUCAUUUAAUAAAACAUUUAUUCACAACAAUAGACACAGUCAGAGGCUGAAAAGGCUCUUGAUACACAUCCAGUAAAUGAAACCAUAAAAACCCUCUAACUUUUGUCUUAUGAAUCUGUUGUUUUAUCGUUUUCUGGGUAAAGGGACGGACUUUCCUGAACUGAGUGACAGCAUGAUUCUACAUCAAAAGGAUUUGGUCCCCAAGAAGAUUCUGCAGCAUUCAGUUUUACCCAAACUACAUCCCCUCGUCCUGCUGCUGCUUCUCCAGACCUGGAGGGUCUGCUGUCACCCCCAGUGUUUGGAUUACAAACCUCCAUUUGGGCCUCAGCAGCCACUGGUCUUUUGCAAAGAAUAUGCCAAGUUUGGAUGCUGCGAUCUGCAGAAGGAUGAAGAAAUAUCGAGUAGGUUCUACUCAAUUAUGGAAAACUUUGACCAUUCUGGUUAUGCAGCCUGUGGCAAAUACAUACGCAGCAUCCUCUGUCAGGAGUGUUCUCCAUAUGCUGCCCAUCUGUAUGAUGCUGAGGAUGCCAACACACCAAUGAGGGUUCUGCCUGGAUUAUGUGGAGAUUACUGCUCAGAUUACUGGCUGCGCUGUCGAUACACGCUCAGCCUGCUCCUGGAGGAUUUGGGGGGCCCUCAGCAGUUUGCCAACUUGACUGCCACUAUAGAGGAGGACCGCCAAAGGUUUUGCGACUUUCUGGAGCUCAAGGACAAACAGUACUGCUACCCAAAUGUUUUAACCGAUGCAGAACUAAAUGCUAACCUCGGCUUAGUACGCGAGGAUCCUAAAGGCUGUCUGGAGGUGUGUCUGCAGGAAGUCGCCAACGGUCUCCGUAACCCCGUGGCCAUGAUCCAUGCGGAUGAUGGAAGCCAUCGCUUCUUCGUUGCAGAGCAGCUGGGUUAUGUCUGGGUGUAUUUGGCUAACGGCUCCAGGAUCGAUCGUCCUUUCCUUAACCUCACCCAAGCUGUGCUCACAUCUCCAUGGGCUGGAGAUGAGAGAGGAUUCCUAUGCAUAGCCUUGCAUCCAAGGUUCACCACGGUCAGAAAGGCCUACGUUUACUACUCAGUGUCUGUCAAGAGGGAGGAGAGAAUACGAAUCAGCGAGUUUUCCCUCUCAGCAGAUGACGAUAACCAACUAGAUCACUCCUCUGAGAGAACCAUCCUGGAGGUGGUGGAGCCGGCAUCAAAUCAUAAUGGUGGACAGCUGCUUUUUGGCCAUGACGGAUAUCUCUAUAUCUUUAUUGGAGACGGUGGACGAGCCGGAGACCCGUUUGGAAAGUUUGGAAAUUCACAGAACAAAUCAGCACUUCUUGGCAAAGUGCUGCGCAUUGAUGUUGACAACAAUUAUGAAGGCGUUCCCUACAGCAUUCCCUCUGACAACCCGUUCAUAGGGGAACAGGGAGCAAAGCCUGAGAUUUAUGCCUAUGGAGUUCGCAACAUGUGGCGAUGCUCCAUUGACCGUGGUGACCCUGUUACAGGCGCAGGCAGAGGCAGGAUGUUCUGUGGCGAUGUUGGCCAGAACAAAUAUGAAGAGAUAGACAUCAUUGUUAAAGGAGGUAACUACGGAUGGAGGGCCAAAGAAGGCUUUAGCUGCUAUGAUCGUCGGCUUUGCCAAAACUCAUCUCUGGAUGACAUUUUGCCAAUCUUUGACUACCCCCAUAAGCUGGGAAAAUCAGUGACAGGUGGAUAUAUCUACAGAGGUUGUGAGAUGCCUAACCUUAAUGGACUUUACAUCUUUGGGGAUUUCAUGAGCGGGCGUCUAAUGUCUUUAAAGGAGAAUGAGGCUACCGGUGAAUGGCAGUAUAACGAAAUCUGCAUGGGAAGAGACCAGACCUGCAAAUUUCCCAAACUCAUCAACAGUUAUUAUAGAUACAUCAUCUCGUUUGCUGAAGACGAAGCAGGAGAACUGUAUUUCUUAGCCACAGGAGUCCCGAGUGCCACAGCCAGAUCUGGAGUCAUCUAUAAGAUAGUGGACCCUUCCAGACGAGCGCCACCAGGAAAAUGCCGCAUCAAGCCUCUGCCUGUUAAGAUAAAGGGAAAACUCAUUCACUUCCACCCCAAAGAGGAGUUUGUAAUAAACAAGAAACCAACCACGACACCUGUUCCCACCACGACCACUCCGAAAACUACAACUACAAGGAAACACACAAUACGAAGACCAAUAAUUAUAAGAAAACCUCCAAUUCCAACGAGACAAACAACAAGAAAAAUAGCACGACCGCAGCCAACAACAACAGCAACAGCAAAAGAGGUGACCAGAAAGACGGCACAAAGUGCACCAAUAAAAACCACGUCAGCCACAACAAUAAGGCCAACCACGGUCCAGAGGGGACCCACUGUUCCCGCCACAACUCCGUCCACUGGUUAUCGUGCAACCAUCAUGACUGCAGUCUGCUCUAGGAUUUCUCAAACAUCAAACAACAGCACAACCUCAACAAAAAGAUAUUGGAGAACGACACCAUACCCUGCUAGUACCACCUCACCUCCUUUAAGCACACCACAGUUCCCUUCUCCUACUCCAUUACUGUCUCUGAAACGGCCUCAAGGAGCUUUGCUGACAGUGACAUGGGCAACCUAUACAAGCCAGAAGCCCAAAAAACCCCAGGCAACCACAGCCAGCACCACAUUACCUAAAGUCCAGGGUGAAAAAUUGUGGCCAGCAGGGAAGCAGCAAGGUCCUGAGGAAAGCAACCAAGUCAACAAGGGCCGGAGAGGGAGAGGACGUGGUUACAAGAGACGAAGAGGGGGGAGAAGGCUUCCUUCUGGCUCUGUGCGGCUUGUGAGUGCCGACGGUUUGCCAGAUCGAGGCAGAGUGGAGAUCUUCAUCGGAGGAGAGUGGGGAACGGUGUGUGACGACCUGUUCACCAGGAAGGCGGGCACUGUUGUGUGUCGGCAGCUCGGCUUCACCGGUGUGCUGGCGGUGAUGAAGAGGGCAGCGCUGGGUGAGGCCAGCAGCAGGGUUAGGAUCCUGCUGGAUGACGUGGAGUGUGAGGGUGGGGAGAGAUCCCUGCUGGAAUGCAAGAGGUCAAAGGUGGGGAAACACAACUGUUCUCAUGAGGAAGAUGUAGGGGUGAUCUGCGAUUAGCAUGCAUUAAGAAGGAGGAGAAGUCUGGAAUAAUGUGCUGUGACACCCAUAGUUUUACUCUAUUCUAUUUCUGAAAACCAAAAUUACCUGUUUUAUUUUUUCAAGAGGGGUUCCCAAUAAGAAAAUAUUAUUUUUUAUAAUAUUCUUUUUUUUUUAUCUUACACUAACCUGUUGUCAUUCUGGUUUCUCAGUUCGAUCAAGUUGCAAUGGUAAGGCCUGGUUCACACGGCAAGAAUUUAAAAUUGUCAGUUCAUUUUCAAAACCUUCAAGAACCCACACAUGACAAUAAAACAAUUGUAGAUAUAAAACAGUCGUGGAUAUUUGCUCGUGCAGUGUGUGGUGUCCAUUCAAAUGACAAACACCACCACACACAAAAAGAUUUCCCUCGCUAACAUCCAGACAUCAGAUGGGGAAUCUUGUGAGGGAAACGCGAGGAAAAGCAGCAGCUAGUUUAAUUUGCAAUAAGCUAAUUAUUAUAAGACAAUCAUCUUAACAGUUAAUUUGCAAAAAAAAAAAAAAAAAAGAUUUGGGGGUCAGUAACCCUUUAAGAUUGACGGAAGGCGAAGAUCGUGGCAAAAAUUGGAUAAUUAUCCUGCCGUGUGAACCCGGCAUAUAGUAAAGAAAAUGUUUUUUAAAUGGCAGUGCUUCUACAAGAUGCCUCAGGGUCAGAAACAUGCAUCUUGAAUUUAAUUAACACCAGAAGCUACUUCCAUAUAAGGCAAAGUUUGAUUGAACUUUGCACAUGACUCCAAAGGGAAAUGUGUGUGUUUGUGUGCGUGUGUAUGUGUGUGUAUGUUGUUAAAAAUGCCAAACACAUUAUAGAAAACACAUGUAAGUCUGGUUUCCAGAAACUUGGCAAGUUAUCUUUCUGUCAACAUAGUUUACUGCUGACUGGUUUGGAAGUUUUUGAGUAUUACCGAGUCAGCAGAAAAAAACAAUAAACAAACCGUUCAGAGUUGCUAAUGUGAAAGCGCAGCAGUGAUAAAAGGCUUCAUUGUUCUGCACAUUUUCCAGUGCUUGAGAAUUUAUGAUUUCCAAAUUUUUUUUUCACAUAUGAUUUUUUUUUGCAUACGGAGGAAUUUUUCUAAUUACCACACUUUUCUAUGUUCAGCUAUUUAGUUGGUCUCCUUUGAAUUAUUGAAUAUAUUCACUUCAGUCUUCUGUAAACCGGGCUAACAACUUGUCAAAUCAACAACAAAAUUAUGCACACUAUUGCAGAAACUGCAGUCUAUUUUUUGUACUAUUCAGCUAUUCUAACCUCUAUUUAAUGAAGGAGCCCAUCAAAUCAUUAUUUUAAUUAGAAGAUGAAACCGAAUUAAAUAGUUUUCUUAUUCAAAACCAGGCCUGUCUGUUGUAAUAUAUAUUUUUAUAUUUUACUUUUUUAGAAUAUUUUUGAACUCAAGAUGUAAAUCUUUUAAAUAAGCUUUUUGAAUGUAAAAAAUAACCCAGAAAUGCUGGACAUUUUGUACAGUGAAUGGAAUAUAAAAUGUUAAGUUACAAUACCCAACUCAAUUAUUGGCACCUAUGGUAAAGAUGCGGGGAAAAAUAUUUUAUUUCAGUGGAAGAAAGAUUUAGAAAGAUCCAUCCUUUAAUAAAAUACUUUUCUUCCAUGAAGACAAAAGAAAAUCAUUGCAAAAUAAUAAUUUAUGUAACAAAAUCACUGGUGGAUUUGCUAACACUUGGGAUAAAACAAAUGUGACUGGAACAUUUCUGUUUUAAAUUUAUACUGUACCGUUUUAAACAGGAACUUUUAAUCAGUAGUCGAAUACUUUUUUAUUUUUCUGGGAUUAAAAUAUAAUUCACAGAGAACCCCCUUUCCCUUCAGAAUGGGGAAGAAAAAACAAAGAUUAUGUUUUCCAUACUGAAUAAAUGUAGUAAAAUUGACCUUAGUCUUUCCUAAAUUUUUUUGUACUUCUGCAAUAAAAGAUGCAUUAUGAGGGCUUUUUCACAUCUUUACCUGAAGUGUCAAUAGUUGCAGCGGGAGUUACAUUUCCUACCCAAAGUGGGCACGGGAUGCCUGUGAUAUGAAUAAAGUUUAUUGCAAAUCAA